CAAGUCACGUCUUGGAUAUUGACUCGGCAGUCCAGUGGGGUUCCCCUGACGUCUAUCAGGGAUGUUGCAUCGCAGGGUUGCGACGCCAACUCAGCGACGAACAUGCGGCACGUGCUGUAAAGAUGCUGCUUGGUAGAACGCGGCCUGCAGCCGUGCACCUUGAUGGCGCCGAUGGUGGCGGUGCGGUGCAGGGCCUGGCGGCGGCGGCGCUGGCCCUGGAGGCUGCGGCGGUGGCGCAGGACCUGGCGGCGGUGCAAGGUCUGGGCCCAGCAGUAACGGCGUUGACGUGCUUACCAGAGGGGCAGGCACGGCCACGUGGAGCAGGAGAGCGCGGCGCCGCCCGAGCAGCGGCGCCGGCGCGCAGACUGAGACCUGCUGGUGUCUACUUUGCGGUCUGUGCUGGCGAGCAUAGCACAGCACAGUAUAUGGUAGGCCGCACGCAGCAGUGAGGAGUGUUGUGGCUAGAAAAAUUUCCUGCUGUUUGGUUGAUUGCUGGCUGUGCUGUUGCUUGACGGCAGGACGUGGCUGGACACAUUAUGCAAAUGCAAAUGCGCAUUAUGCAAGUGCAAAUGCACAGUAUGGCGGGCCGUGCCUUGUUGUUGUUGGUUACAAGGCGGUGUGCACGAGCAUGCGUGCUAUCCUGUCCCCGUCUGUACGAACCGACCCCGGCUAUGUCCGGGAGGUGAGGUAGACGCGUGCGGCCUCAGACCAGAUACGUGGGUCAGCCCACUUUACCCAUGCGUUACGAAACUAGUGCAAACGCAGACCAGAGCAUAAGGCGUAGUUGAGAAUCGUUGAGAAUGCAUACCGGUUAUCCAUACCAGUUGAUAAUGCCUACCGAUUGCUUGAUUGUAACGAUGCGUUGUGUGAUAAUGACUUGUAAGAGCUUUGUAGC